AUGUCAAUGACAAUUAAUGAACUCUCUGAAAUCAUCCCAAUACAAAAAGAUGCUGAAGAGGCUGAAGAAGCUGAAAGCUCCUUGCUGUUUUCAAAAAUAGUCAGCCAGCCUAAAAACGAAAUCCAAGAAAACGUUUCAAUUGAUUCUGGUGGACUUUUAAGUGAAAAUCAUGAAGACGAUGAUGAUAUUUUUUUUAGAACCAAAAAGGAAAAAAUCGAAAAAAUGCAUAGUCCUGGGGCUCCUCCUGUAAAGAAAUAUGUGCUAUGCAGGUGGCUUGGAGAAUGAGGAUAUACAGAUUUUAUUAUGCUAUUUGUAUUUAUGGGGGUAGGAUAUAGAGGCUGCCUUUGAGUAGCGCUCUAAGCGCCCGAGACUUCCCGACGAAGUCUGGGCGGUGGUUUGACCAGCUGAUGUUGGUCAAACCAACAUCCAAAAUGACAAAUUCUUCUCAUACAGAAGGUUUGUCAAAUUGGAUGCUGGUUUGACCAACAUCUGCUGGUUUGACCAACAUCUGCUGGUUUGACCAACAUCAGCUGGUCAAACCACCGCCCAGACUUCGUCGGGAAGUCUCGGGCGCUUAGAGCGCUACUCAAAGGCAGCCUCUAUAUUCGAUGGGAGCUUUGAUGGUUUUAGCAUCACAUAAUAGUGAAGUCAAGGUGGAUGCUUAUAAGUCUUUUAUUGUAGGAGUGCUUAUACCUACUUUUUUUGUAUAUGCAUUAGCUGGGUUUAUGUAACGUUUAUUUAGAAUUAUAAAAGCAAGAAUCACAAGAAAAUGGCUGAUUUUAAUCAUUAUUUCAGCUAUUAUUCCACCAAUUUGUGUGCCUAUGAUUUAUUAUUGAGGAAAUUUGGAUUUCAAUACCGCAUUUUUACUGUCAGUAUUCUCUGUUGCACUGGGCUUUUUUUUACUAUUAAAAUGGUUUCGGCAUGCAGCUGCGCGCUACUCUUUAUCUUUUGCGAAUAUUCUGGUAUCGUUAUACUGCAUUUUAAUCCCCUUGGUUUGUAUAGGAAUUCCUUUAUAUAAAUUUAUGCUUACUGGGACUAUUAAUCAAUCAUUCAUAGUCUCAAUUUUCAGCUACCUGCUAGCUCCAAUACUCCUCAUAAUUGGUCUUCCCUGGGUGUUUAUUCAUGUGAAAUAUUUUUUAAUCCCAAAAAACGAGACAAAUUUUUAUAUCGAAAUUCUAAAUAAAUGUUGCAGAUCCACAGUUUUAGUCUCAAAAAAAAGGAAAAUGUGCUUUAAUAUACCAUCUAUAGUGAUUUUUAUGACAAUGAUGGGAUGCGAAUGCUAUGCUUUAUCUAUCCUUUUUACUGGCACAAAAGACUCAGAAUCCAAUGAAAGCUAUUAUUUAAGUGGAAUGAUUUUUAUACUGAACCCACUGUUCACUCUUGUUGGAGUGCCAUUUUCAGGGUCAAAAAUCCAAAAAGAUGAUAAAUUUUGCUUCUGUGCGAUUUUAUCGUCUUUUGUUCCUCUGCUUGUAAGUGUUCCUUUAUAUAUGUAUAUUACAUAUUCAAAAAUAUCAAUUGUUUUGGAAUGGGCUGUGAUUACUCCUCCUAUUUCGGCAUUGUAUUGGGUAAUAAUGUCUUUAAUAAAACUGCAAAACUCGACGGUUUAUCAGAUGAUUAUUGCUUUUGGGUGUGUAUUUUUGGUGUUUCCAAUUGGAUUUAUAUUACCUUAUAUGAUGACUGGGGAUAUCUCAAACACUUAUGGACUGCCUAUUGUUUUCCUUUUGCUUGGAAUUGCAUUGAUUUCUACAAUUUUGUAUUUGGGUUUAGGGCUUGUAAAGUUUUGCAGGCUAGCGCCUGCACAAAGAAAAGCUUUGAUUAUGAAGCUCUCAAUGUAUAAUUUUGCCUUGUUAAUAGAGUUUGUAUCAUUUUCCUUAUGUGUAGCUGGGCUUGUGUAUGUAUUCUGUAAUGGAUCUUCAUUGGAUUGGACCCUUGGAGUGAUUUUAGGUAUCAUUAUUUUAUUACCAUUCACUUACUUAGCGACAUCUAUUAGUUUACGAACGACUCUCCAUGAAAAGUCUUUGGAUUCUCUCACAGAGCUGAUUUCUGGAAUAUCAGAGGAAUCCUCAUUAAAUGCUUUUUACAUCAAAAAGAAAAGAAAAUACCAAAUAAUAAACCAUUUUAUCUGCUUAUUUAUCCUGCCUUUAAUGAUUGUUGGAAUGGUUUUAUCAAGCAAUAAAGUCCAAAAAAAUAUAUUCAGUACACUCUGUGUGGGCAUUUCUGUGCUUUCUAUGGUUCAUUCACACAAUGCCCUAUUUAAUAACGAAUAUUUUUUGGCCUGUUUGUAAUACUAUAUUUUAUAAUAUAUUUUCUAUUAAAAAUAAUAUAGAAAAAUUGAUUGAAAAUCACCUCGAAAUAGUCAAUAUGGAAUCAUUUCCAAAUAGGGCCAAAAAAAAUAGUUUAAAAAAUAGGUCAAAAAAAAUAGGCCAAAAAAAAUAGGCCGAAAAAAAUAGUUGCUAUGAAAUAGUCGCCAUGCGAAGACACAGCUUUCUAUUAUGUUUACAGCUUUUAUUCAGAUUAAAAAAGUCCUUAACUCUUAUGGAAGAAUUGGCAUAUCAAUUCUUACCUCAUUGUGCUGGCUCUUUGUGAUAAUCCCACUAGCUUGUAUUCUUCCUUGUGCUCUAGCAUUAUAUACGAGUGAUUCAGGACUAUCAACCACCAUCAACACAGCAUUGGCCAUUACAGGAUUUAUAUGUAUUAUAGGAGUUUCAGCUGCCAGCGUUAUUUUUAACAUGGUCCUCAAAAGAAUGGAGGAAGAAAAAAGAGCCAAAUAUUGUGUAGAAAAACUAAGAAUUGGCCUCAGAAAAAUAGCUGUUAGGGGUAAUGAAAACAUUUUAAGGCUAAUUUAUGAGCGCUGCAAAUCUACAGGCUUAGGAGAACUUCUUAAAGACUUAGUAGAUGGAGCCAUUUUCUUUUGACUAAGCGUAUAGGGCCUUCCUAUAGAUGGCGCGCAAUGCGCCAUCACCGGGCCAUGUCGGGAGAGGGUUCCACAUGAGGAAUGGUUUCUACGUGUGGAACCCUCUUUUUGACUCGUGGAAAGUAGUUUUCUCACAGGUCAAAAAGAGGGUUCCACACGUAGAAACCAUUCCUCAUGUGGAACCCUCUCCCGACAUGGCUCGGUGAUGGCGCAUUGUGCGCCAUCUAUAGGAAGGCCCUAUAAGAGAAGACGACCCUGAUUUAAGAGUCGACAAAUUUAUUGUGAAAUCAGAAAUGAUGGGCAAACUCAAAGAGAUGGAAGACGCAGAAUUAUUAGAAAAAAUGAAAAAAAAAGAAAAAAUUUCUUGCUGGAAAAUGCUUGGCUGCUUCUCGAAUUUUGAAGAAGAAAAUGAGAUUUUAAAAGAAGCUGCAGCCAAGAAAAAAGAUGACUCACUCGUUGCUUUUGAUUUGGAGAAUUUAGAUGAAGUUCCGAUAGAUACUGUUAAAGAGCAGGCUGAUGAAAGCGAAAAAGGGCUCCUUGAGCUAAAUGAGAGAUAUUUCAAAGCAAUAAAAAUUAUUAAAGAAAAUUAUCCAAGACUGGAAUUUAUCAAAAAGAAAAAUUUAUCAAGAAGAAGAUAUGAUCAGCUUGCGAACAGCCGAGAAUGCUUUGCUAUACAAAGUGACAAAGAAUUGAGAGAUUACUGGCUAAGUCUUGUGUUUAAUGUUUUUGCUGCUGUUGACUACCCGAACGAAGCCCCAUGAAUUAAUCAUAAAUCGUUUAAAAUCUUUACAGAGCUUGGUGGUCUUUCUUCGUCCGAAUAUUUCCCAGAUUCUCUUUUAGACUUGACAUUUCUGAAAAUUUCAUAUAAAAUCGAAAAUGGUAAAAAAGUCCUGAAAAAAAUGACAGAGACUGUUUUUAAUGAAGAAUUGCUGUUAGACCUUGCUAAGAUCCGAUACGAAAGAUUUGAGCCAAACGAAGGCAUUAUUAAAUUAAUAACUGAGUAUUUAUACCCAAACCUUAUGAAUAACAUCCCAAAAGUGCUUCGAAAUCCAGAAAUAUGAGAAGGGUUAAAAAAAUCAGGUGACGUUUUGCAUGAAGUCAAUAAAAAAGAUUUAACAGAUAUUGGAGAAGAACUAACAGCCCAUCGUGAAGCAUUUACUGUUUCCACAGCCAAAGCAAGUAUAGACCCUCCACCCACAACUUCUAACGAAAACCAAAAAAUAUUCAUGCAAAGUGAGCUUAAUGAAUUAUAUCUUCAGGAGCAAAAAAAAAGAAAAAAAUAUAAAAUAGAAAAAUGCUGUGACGGCUGCGCAUAUGUGAUCGUCGUCAUAAUUGAAUUUUUUUCUAAGCUAUUUGUGAAACUAUUCAUAAAAAUAGAUCGAUAUCUUUCAGGAAGAGAAGAGAUAAGACCUAUGGUUCAAGAUAUAACUGAUGAUGAAAUCAUUAAAGAAAGAAGAAAAAGUCCAGAUUGGCCUGAAAUCAGCAAAGAAAUUGUAAGACUGCUUGAUGAAGGAAUAAAGGAAGCAGAUGAAAAAUUGCGUUCAAAAGUAGAUAAUUUUACAGUCAGAAAAAAUGCGACGAAUAUUAUUUUUUUGAUAAACAAAGUCGUAGAAUUUUAUACACUGUCUGCAAUUGCGUUUAGAGAAGAAGUCCAAUGGGAGAUUAUUAAUAAAGAAGGGAAUACUGCUUCAGAAACAGGAUAUGCUGAAAGCCCUUAUUUCAGAGAAAUCUUUUGGGUCUGCUUCGGAUUAACUUUUGCAUAUCUAUUUUUAGCGAAAAAAGCUAUGAAAUACGCCAAGCAAGGCAGACUAGGAAAAAUGUCUAAUGGAGAUCCAGCUAAAUUAUUUACUUGGCAAUUCUGGCUCAGCAAGUCAGUCCAAAUUUUAGGUGGAUCUUGUUACAUUAUGAUAGUAAAAAACUUUUUAAACACUUUUGCGUGCAAUAUGACCCAGAACCCUUGGAAAGUCUAUGGAGUAGAUAUGCAAUGCUUUUCCCCUGAGCACUGGUGGUACAUCUUUUUCGCAAUUUUAGGAGUUUCAGUUUACUAUCCAAUCGCCACUUUUUUAUUCCCACUGCUUCAAUUCCAAGACUAUGGCUUAGAUUUCAAAAUGGAUGCUACUUUUCUUGUAGUGUUAAGCCAAUGUAAGCUAUUAAUUGCUGCGACGGCCACAUUUGUCCCUUAUGGGACUUUUAUCAGCUAUCAGCUGUGGGCGUCUUUUACCUUCAUUUCGAUAAUUCUGAUUUUUUCAUUAUAUAUGAAUCCUUGUAUUAUAAGGAAACUCAACAUGUGGAAUUCUACUGGAUACCUGAUGUGUGUUUUUACAGUAGGUAUGGCGCUUUUCAAUGUAUGCACUGACCAGCAUUUACUAGCUUUUGUAUUUUUAUGUGCUGGAAAUGUCGUAAUUUUCGCAGCUGCCUUAGUCAUAUGGAUAAUCAGACGCAAGAGAAGCAGAAACAAAAUUGUGGUAUUAAAUAAUGAGGAUAAAGAAAUGUAA